UCAUCCGUCCGUGAUGACUCCGAUACACCCGUUUCGAUGGUGUUAAUUAAUAUGAGUCUGUAUUCGCCUUGGAUCAACACCGCUGGAGACAGCCUCUCACAGACGCUGACAGGUGCUCGCAGGGCCGCUCAUGUAUAUAAAAUGCUGAUUUUUUUUUCUCAUACCAUCACGCAUCUCCCUUUUAUUAUCACCUCUCGUACACCCUUACCAUGAAUCCUUACGCAAACCGAGGAUGGGCCCCUAACCGGUGGUACCACCCUCAGAGUGACCCGCGUCUCCACGUACCACUCUACUACUGGCCCGUGCCCCAAGACCGCCUGCGCCCACAAUCCAAAUACCCCAACCUCAAUCCCAUCCUUGCAGUGGACACAACCCUGAUCCAAUAUGACGUUCGCAAAACACCAUUGCACGGCAUUCUCUUCUCCACGGCUGCGCAGCUCGGCUCUACACUUGCCCUUUCAUCGCCGUCAGCUGCCAUCCGUAUAAUAUCCCAUUCGUUCCCCUGGACACUCGAUAUCCCGGCACCUGUGACAUGCGCAGCCGUGUUUGAUGGGUUGCACAAGAUGCUCCAGGAACCCUUGGCAGAUUCCGAAUGGGGGACCGUCUGCAUACUUGACAAGUCGCGACGCGAGACGAUCGAGAAAGCGGCCAAAGCAAGAGCGGAAAGAGAUAAGGAGAAGAAAUUGAAGAGAAUUGAUUGGCUCGGAGAUAAGACAGUCUUCAAAGGCCUCGAAAAGGACGACGAAUUUGAGAAGAAGAGGCUCUUGCCCGAGAUGGCACCGUGUGCCGAGACGUGGGUUGUGAAGUUUGGGAAGCCAUAAUGGAGAAGUACGUGGAAGCCAUGGACCGGUAGGAAGCUUGCUUGAUGCACAGGGACAUUCACGGGGAGCCCACCAACACCUAUCAAAAAGUACCCCUCUUUCCACAAUCCACGAAAGUAGGUGUUGGUCACUUAGCAGAUACCCGACUUACAAAUACUCUGAUGGGACCGUGAAAUGCGUCGACGAAGAUAUGUACAUUAGAUCAGGACUCACCUAGGAUUAAAUCGUAGUGGUCU